AUGUCAUUACCAGAUUAUGCACUCGAUUGUGGUGCUGUGUUAAAUGAAACGUCGACUAAUGUCGUGUGGCGUAAAGGUCCUCCCGAUUACUCGAAAGCCAACACUUGUUUUGAAAAAUAUAAGAGUACAAAUCAUCAAGUGGGCUCAUUAGAAUCGAUCGUACAAAAUAUCGUCAAAAAUUGGGAGAAAGAAGUCUCACAUAAGGUCGAUCCAAACCAAUGGCGCACAGUUGAUUUGCCCAACUAUUCAUUCUCGUGUAAUGGUGGUCAGAAGUAUUCCGGCUACGAAAUGUUGAAACAAGGCACGUAUAAUGCAUUAAUUGGUGAAACAACAUAUUACAAUAGUGCAGCCAUCUCAUUUGAAGAGUCACACUUGGCAUUCAAACGAGCACUUGGUGAAGGCUUUGGAUGGGAAUUGUUAGAAUUGUAUUCGGGACCGCCCGUUGUCUCAUUUAAAUGGAAACAUUUUGGCCCUAUGACAGACUACUUCUCGUGUCGUGGCCUGUCCGGUCUUAUUUACAAAGCAGAUCCCACGAAGAAAAUGGUGAAUAUAUUUGGUAUGUGUAUCGCUCGUGUCACUGAAGAUUUGCGUAUUCAAGAUUUACAAGUAUUCUAUGAUCCAAAUCAGUUGUUUACACAACUGACAGAAAUUUGUCCCUAUGCUCCGUUUGCCAGGUUAAAUGUUGAAGCAUCAGACAUUAAACCAAUAAUAAAUUCUAAUGCCCUGUUUGUUAAACAACAAGCUUUAGAUCAACGCAAUGGUUCAUCGUGUACAAAAAAAAAUGUACCGCGUGCAGGUUUUAGUAGUAUCAAAUCAAAAUCACCGUCGUCGUUGGUCUGUACAAUAAGUUAA